AUGCCUCCCAGGUUUACAGAGCCGCAAAUGUACGCCAGUCCUCAGAGUUCCGGAAACGUAACCCCUCAGUCCCUGGGCCCUAGCUCUUCGACGAACUCGCUCCCUUCAUCAGCCGCCUCAUCGCCAUAUUCUGAAGCCGCCCCAUCUUUAGCAUCUGCAUCCACCUCGACGGUAGCAAAAUCAAACGCUGUGCAAAAUGCCUUUCGUGAAGUUCGCCAUUUUGCUGGAGGUCUGAUCAGCCAUCCAUACGAAACUACUAAACACUUUACCCUGCUGAGACAUUCUCAUGGCUUGGUCUUUUUUCAAGGUCCCACCACAUCCCUCGCCAUAUCCAUCUUUUCUGAUGGACCGCUGCCCCCGGACCGUACAAUCUGGCUUCAAAAUAAGGGCUUCUCUGGCAAGACAGGCAUGCGUCUGAAGGCAUUAAUGGGCGCGAACGGCAGCUGGUUGAACGUUACCCCAACCAUGGCAAUCGAGUCGGAGCAACUCAAUCCAAGCGAUGAACGCGCGUGGCAGAGAGACAUCACCCAAUUUCGAAAGAAAGCAAAGCCAACGAAAAUCCGCGAGAAGCACAAGCUUCGCGAAACAGUCGUUUUGCGUAUCCCUGCUGAAGCCGGUGAUGGCUAUUUCUCAGUCGUGCUUUGCACCGGCGAUAAGAAGAAGAACCUGUGCACUAGCCCUACGUUUCGCUUACUCUCUACUUCCACGAGCAUGCACUCUAUCAAAGGAGCGAGUUUGAGUACUUUGCCUCUUGAAUUGGGAGCUAUGGCAGUCAAUGUCUAUGCAACCAGCAAGAUUGCCGCCGUGGCGGGUCCGGUAGCUUCAGUUGUACAGAAUAGGGUCCAGAAAUACAUGCCAUCUACGAUAACCACAGCAGUUGUUAAAGGCGCCGGUACGAAGGCCUACGACAUGGCCGGAAGCCACGAGAAACUCCAGAAAUACAUGCCAUCCGAGGCAACCAGAGAAAAUGUCAAAAAAGCCUCCACCAAAGCAUACGACAUGGCUGGAGGAAAAGAAAAAGUCCACGCGCAAGUCCACGAGAAAUUCCGCACUGUGGUUAGUGACGGCAACACUCUCUACGAGCAACAACUAGAGCAUUCCAACAUGUCAUCCAACACAGAUAUAGCUCUCGAUGCAGGCCCCCAACCACCUUACCCAAUCCGCUUCACCUGCACCAGCGAACCUCUCAUAGACGCCGAGACCUCCCUACCAACCACAAAUCUAGCCGGAGUACCAGACCACGUAACCAACCAACUCUACGGCCACUACUUUGCCUGGGUCCGCCCACAGCCCAAAGGCGAAGACUGGCAACCAUCCCUCAUCUCCGCCCUCCCACCCGACCCUUCCCAGCUAUCGCGCGCAAACUUCGCACUCGCGAACAAGCGCCUCCUCACCCUCCGUCUCAUAGACGGCUACGCCGAGCCCCUCCCCCCAUCCGCCAAACUCACCAUCCUCGUCCUCGGCUUCCUGCGUCCCGACGAGCCCCUCCAGCGCGCGAACCUGAAACGCGGUAUCGAAGCUGGGGACGAGGCGGCCGAGGAAGCGGCGAUGUUUGCAGAGAUGAACGAUGUGGCGAUUGCGCAGGGCGUGUUGGAUCAUCCGGCUUGGGACGCGGAGGUGGUGAUGGAGGGACAGAAGGGCGGGUUGAAGAAGGGGUAUGCGGAUGUUAGGAUGGGGGUGCAGAGGGGUGUUGAUAAAGUUCCUUUGUAUAAGCUUGGGGUGAGGAUGGAGGGGGAUAAGACGAGGGAGAAGGGGUUGACGGUCGGUGGGUUUUACGUUUUGCGCUGA